AGCGCUCGUGGGCUAGGCCAAUGCAGCAGGAGAAGCGCGUCGCCCACCACCGCCCUGGCUGCGGCAGCUCCGCCGUGCGCCGGGAUCGACGGAGGGGGACUCCUAAUCCGAUCAUUUCCCAACUCGGAUUCCUCAAUCAGCUCCUAAUCCGGAUCGAUCAAGUCACAAAGAUUCGACUCGGAUCGGAUGCCAGCGGACGUCGCCAUAAUAAAGCACGCCCCUGUGCGCAGCUCCUGCCGUGCGCGGACGCAGGUCGUUGUUCUCCCGCAACUCCUCCUCGAGCUCCAUCCGACCACGACCGAUCGCACGUACGCAGGCCGUCGUCGCCAUGGAGAAGAUGCAGAAGGCCGUCGCCGUCGUCAACGACCUCUGGUGGAACCGGCACGGGUUCCCGCAGGGCUACCACUUCGUCCCGAGUGACCUGGAGCUCAUCCGCCUCCUCGAGGACAUCAUCGCCGGCCGCCCUCUCCCCCACCCUCUCCCCACCAUCUUCCGCAACGUCAGGAUCCGCGAGUACCACCCCGCCGAGCUCUACGAGAGGUACAAGGCGCACAAGGAGGCCGGGAGCAUCUACUUCUUCAGCGAGAGGGAGUUCCCAGGGGGCGCCAGGGUGCGCCCCCGGCGCUUCACCAAGGACGGCUGGUGGAAGGCCUCGGGGGGCGGCGAGGCCCUGAAGCGCGGCGGCCUGACCGUCGGCUCUAAGCUCACCUUGGUCUUCUACGACAAGAAGCCCGGCCAGAAGGUUGGCGUCAAGACCGACUGGGCCAUCAAAGAGUACACCAAGAUCGUUGACAAGAAGAAGGCGGAGGAGAUGGCCUUGUACCGCCUAUAUAAGAUGAACAAACCCGCCAACGCGAAGCAAGCAACUCAAGAAGAUGAAAACACCCCCGAUUCCACUUGGGCGAACGAGGAGGAGGAGGCGCCGCCGCCGUCACCACCACAUCCGCCAGCCGGAGGGACUUUCUUGCAGGCACAGGCCGGGCAGCCACAUGACUACCACUACUACUACGCCUGUGAUGCCGAGCCAGGGCCAAGCACAAGCCGCUCGGUGACGCCGAACGCCGGCCACAUGGGGCUAACAGGUUCUUCGCCGGCCGCCCCAACAUACCUGCCGCAGCACAACGGCGUCCAGUACACCGACGGGCUUGGGUUCUGGGAUGCGCUGCCGGCGAUGCACCCGUCUCUGGUGUCGUCGGGACCAACAGCCGUUGCGCAUGGCCUGCCGACAUCUGCUGCGCAUUUCAGCUACCAAGAAACUGCAGUAGACGCCGAGCACUUUGGCUACCAAGAAACCACAGAACCGCUGAAGACGCAGCUCUUGCCAGCGUCGGCCGAGCACUUUGUCUACCAGGAAACCACAGACCCGCUGAAGACGCAGCUCCUGCCGGCGUCUGCCGAGCACUUUGCCUACCAGGAAACCACAGACCCGCCGAAGAUGCAGGCCCCACCGCCACUGCCAGCGCCGGCUGCUCAGGGCGGCUACCUGGCUGAUGAGUUCGACGUUUGGUGCGAGAUGCAGCAAGGUUCGCAGCAGGUGGCUGUGAGUCCCUCUUCCCCCAUGCCCGACGACAUAGAUUCGCAGCAGGUGGCUGCAAGUUUCUCUUCCCACAUGCCCGACGACAUAGAUUCGCAGCAGGUGGCUGCGAGUUCCUCUUCCCACAUGCCCAACGACAUAGAUCCGCAGCAGGUGGCUGCGAGUUCCUCUUCCCCCAUGCCCGACGACAUAGAUUCCCAGCAGGCGGCUGCGAGUCCCUUCCCCAAGCUCGAAGAUAUUGAUUUGCCCAUGCUUGAAGAUGUCGAUUUCGCCAUGCUCGAAGAUAUUGAUUUCGUUGACUUGCUCGAGGAUAUACCAACGCUGCCUACGGACGAAAACGGCGAGCGCUUUUCAUGCACAUUACAAGAGCUCCUCUACCCCAAGAUAGAGGACGACGCACCACCACCGCUCGCCGACGUUGAUGGCCAAGGAUCAGGUUCAGAGUAACAGAUAUCUCAAAACAAAAAGUUUGGAGUAGCAGAAACCAGCAAGAGCAAUCAAAAAAGAAAAAAAAAAGUUAGCAGUAACCAGUAAGAAGCAAUCGAUAGUACCUUAACUCGCAGUGUUCAUAUUUUAUGGUGUUUCCUCACAUUUAGCAUGGUGUUCAUAUUAAUAUUACCAUACUGUUGUAAGAUUUCUUUUUAUACAUACUGCUCGGCCUGAGAAGCAAUUUCUUCUUGGUUACCAUUAAA